GCAGCCAGGAAUGGAUUUCCACCGGUUGGAGCUCCGGCCUCUCCCCAGGAACCCGAACUGCUGCGCCGGGAAACCGCUGGAGAAGGUGUUCGUGUCCUGCAGUGCAUGGCUCGUGUGAGCAGGUGGCUUGGGCAGUCCAUGUAGGUGACUUUUUGGGGCAGCAGCUGUGGGGCAGCAUGGCUUGCUGCGUGCUGCAGAUCGCCGGGCUCAUCUUGGGUGGUGUGGGCAUGGUGGGCACGCUGGCGGCCACCGCCAUGCCCCAGUGGAGGGUGUCUGCCUACGUGGAGGGCAACAUCGUGGUGUUCGAGACCAUCUGGGAGGGGCUGUGGAUGGACUGCAUCAGCCAGCUGGGCCUCAGGCUGCAGUGCAAGUUCUACGACUCGGUGCUGGCGCUGCCGCCGCCGCUGGAGGCCUUGCGGGCCCUCAUGUGCCUGGCGGCGGCGCUGGCCGUGCUGGCCUUCCUGCUGGCCAUCGCGGGGGUCAAGUACAGCCAGCGGGCCAAGCAGGGGCCCCGGGCCCUCAGCCCCUUCAUCCUGGCGGCCGGGGCGGCCUUCCUGCUGACGGGCACGCUGGUGCUGCUGCCGGUGUCCUGGACCGGGGGCAGCGUCAUCCGCGACUUCUACGACCCCGCGGUGCCCGCGCCGCUGAAGCGCGAGCUGGGCGCUGCCCUCUACGUGGGCUGGGCCAGCAGUGCCCUGCUGCUGGCCGCGGGAGCCAUGUACUGCCACUGCUGGUGCCAGGCUGCCGGGCAUGGCCACCCCCGGCUGGCCCGGGCAGCGCGGCUGGGAGCGCCGGCCCUGGGCGUCCAUGCCUACGUGUAGCCGCUGGCCCGGCCACCGAGAGCUCUGGGCUGCACAGGACCCCGAGGAUCAUCCCAUUCCAGCCCCUGCCACACCAGGGACACCUUCCACCAGCCCAGGGAGCUCCAAGCCCCAUCCAGCCUGGCUUUGGACACUGCCAUGGAUCCAGGGCCAUGCUGUGAUCUUCCGACUUGACGUGUGCUGAUUGACUUCCUAAUUUACCUCCAGGAGGAGCAAUUUUGUUGCUUUGCUGUUUGCUGGUGACUCGGAUCUCUGUCUCUGGUGCCUGGCAGGACCUGUUCUCACACAGGUGCCUGGUUAGAGCACAGCCUGCAUUUCUUUGGGAAUGAGGAACGGCGUAGGACAGCAGCGGUCAGCAGGCUCUCGGGGGAGAUGAGCAGCCCGUGCUGGGCUGGGGGAAGGAGCUGCUGUGCAGUGCCCAGUGCCCUGCCUGAGGGGCAGAGGGAGCAGGGCAUGUCCCUCAGGAGUGGAUUGUCCCUAAGGAGUGCCCCGGGAGAAGCCUGGAGCUGGCAGCAGGGCUCAGUGAACGGAGAAGCCUCCAGCUUCCACUCCUGGCACAGAGAUGUUUGUGCUGCCCCAGCAGAGGCCUCUGGGACUGUCCAUGGAUUUCUGGUGCUUGUGGAGCUGCUGUAUCCUCCUCAUCUCCUCUGCAGGGCAUGGAACGUGGCUCACAGAACAGAUUUUUAGCCAUUUCCCGGUGUUGGUUUCCCUGCUGCUCAGCACCCCUGCUGCUCUGUAGGCAGCACCUCCUCCUUGGCAGAGCCUGGCACAGCCUGUGCUCAGGAAGCCCUGUGCCCGUGCAAAGUGCAAUCACCAGGGAAUUACCAGUGCAAUCACCAGGGAAGGCACAGGCAGUCCCACCUGCCCCUCGGAGCACAGAGCUGCUCCCACGGCUCCCAGCACGCCCAAAAGCCAAGCCCUGACAUUGCUCCUGCUGCUCCGAGCUUGCCAGGCUGCCUUGG